AUAACAACGGCAAGCAACAAAUGAGUUCUAAAACAAAAUGUUAUUAACAAUUAAAUGCGCUCAGAAUGUGAUUAAGCCGAACUUUCUGAAAGUGGCCAAUCUGCUCGCCAGUCGCUGUAAAUCUGGUUUAUCCCACGGCACUGCAACAACAGCGACGAGAGGCAGCGGUUGGCAAAUCUCAGUUCUGUAUUCGCCAGCGGCGAGAGAAGCAGCAAAGGCAGCAACUGGUGGCUGUGCAAAUCUCCGGCGAUCCUACGGCACCCAAACCCCGGAGGCCCCAGCGACCAAAACCACACCGAAAAAGCGCAAAAUGGUGGUGCGACUAAACGAACAGGAGCGUGCUGAGAAGCUGCAACCUCUGCUGGAUGCCGGCUGGACUCUGGUAGAUGGUCGCGAUGCCAUCUUCAAGCAGUUCAUUCUGAAGGACUUCAACCAGGCCUUCAGCUUCAUGACAGGCGUGGCCCUGCUGGCCGAGAAGAUCAACCACCAUCCCGAGUGGUUCAACUGCUACAACAAGGUCGACGUUACCCUCUCCACGCACGAUGUGGGCGGCCUCAGUUCGCAGGAUAUUCGCAUGGCCAAUCAUCUGGAGACCACGGCCAGUUUGUUGAAAUAAACGCAUUGUUAUACUAGUUGCUAGUUGUCUAUAAUCUCUGGAGUCCAAUAAACACUCAACUCAGCAUCGA